GAGGGGAUUAUUUUGGAGGCAGGAGCGCACCAACGCUGCCACCUUCAAAGUUCCGUUAGUUCUGUUGUGGAAACUAUGCACGAUUCACGACGUACACAGAGUUCUUGUUAUUUAACUCGGCGUGUUAAAGUGUUAUUCGGGGUACAUUUAAACAUUUAGGUCGCAGUUGUUGCACUGCGGUAACCAAGGGUAACCUGUGUAUAGCUAGCGUCAACUGACAGCAAUGACAUUGACAGCUGAGAAAUGGCGUGACUUUGUUUUGAAGAAAAGUAACGUCGACAUCCUGUGGUAGACGUUUCUGUAUUAACAUGAGGAAAUACAGCCCUCUUAGAUAGGAGGCGACCGUGCUGGUGUCCGCCUAAAUACUUAUUUGCUUUUAGGUGAGUCUGAACAGCCGGGACAAUGGUUCUACUUUGCGUCGGUUUGUUAAGAAACAGUCGUUUAUGCUCCCUUUCGCUGUAUCUGCCACGAAACCUCCCGGUGUGCAGACGAGUCGGGCUUCCUCUGAAGAAGCUUCACUCUGUGUCCUCUCAGAUCAGCUGUCGCGGGACAACGAACUCUGCUCUCCUCAGGGCCACUCAGACAGGCUCGCCUCUCUCAUUCUGUGCCAGUGGAAGGACGCUCUGUUUUCAGAGUAGUCCCAGGGUUACCUCACUCCUACACCGCCCCGGUCGUGUCCUGACACAGUGCGGACACUUCCACACCUCGACCCCCGUCAGGGCCCUGCCAGCCCCUUUCAUCUGGCUGGUGCUCAAACCUCUGCAGAAGCUCUUGGCUAUAAUACUGGGCAGGAGUAUAAGGAAGUGGUGGGUGGCUCUACCAGCCAACCGCCGGCAGCUGUUCCGAGAAUGGGCCUGGCACCGCCGCUGGCACCUGGCAGCAGGGGCAGGCGUUGCUAUGGUGAUUGUAGCCCUCCUUCUCGUGACCCACCUGGAUGAGUCCCCUGUGACCGGACGGACCCGCCUGUUGGUGUUCAGCAGAGAGAACUACAUGGAGCUGGCAGCUCUGACUUCAGAGGCGUACAUGGAGGAGUUUGCAGAGCUGCUGGUUCCAGUCACUGACCCUCGUCACCAGGUGGUGGAGCGGUUGGUGCAGCACCUGGCACAAAGGAACAAGGACAUCCCUGAAGUGUCUGAUGUCACCUGGAACGUCCACGUGGUGCAAAGUCCCAAUGUGAACGCCUUUGUCCUCCCGAACGGGGAAGUGUUCAUGUUUACGGGGAUGCUGGAGGCCGUGGCAGAUGUUCACCAGCUGACCUUUAUCCUGGGACAUGAGAUGGCUCAUGCUUUGUUGGGACACUCUGCAGAGCAGGCCAGUCUGUCUCACGUCGUGGACCUCCUGUCCCUUAUUCUUCUGACAGCCAUCUGGGCUGUAUGUCCUCGAGACAGCCUGGCCCUGCUGGGACAGUGGGUGCAGGACAAGCUUUCCCAGUUGAUGUUCAGCCGCCCCUUCAGCAGGAAACUGGAGGCUGAGGCAGAUGAAGUCGGAUUACAGCUGGCCGCUAAGGCCUGUGCAGAUGUGCGAGCAGGCCCUGUAUUCUGGCAGCAAAUGGAAAUCAGAGACCAGCUGACAGGAGAGCCUACCGUCCCCGAGUGGCUGUCCACACACCCGUCUCACAGGAACAGAUUCACUCAGCUGGACCGUCUCGUACCACAGGCACUGGAGCUGAGGGAGAGCUGCGUCUGCCCUGCCCUACCUGCUACCGAUCCUCGAGCCGUCUUCUCCAAGAGCGUCCACGUGCUGCUGGAAAACGCCAAGAACCAGGGAAAAGCAGGGCAGGAAGGGGCACGUAAGCGCCACCUGCCGCACAGCCCGGCUCCACACCCCGCGGGACUGCCUGCCGCUCUGCUUGCCCAAACUUCCCUCCUUCCUUCCUCAAAUGUGGAUCAAGAAAGUAAAGAACCAGUCCCAAAAGUAGCUUUAGAGUUAGAUGUAACCCCUACCCCUGCUCCUCCUGAGGGGGAAGGAUACCAGAACGUGGUGCAGAGUUGACAGGGGUGUUAAAUCAUCAGAAUCUUCUACAAAGGUCUAUUAUUAUUAUUAUUUUUUUAUGGAAUCACUGUUGAGAUGAGCGAAUGGGUGAGUGAUUGAUCGGUAUAUUGGUUUACUGCGAAACUGCUGUUUUUAUCGUCCAUUAAUUUUCAAAGCUACUGGGUGCACAGUGGUUCAGAGUAGCCUCCCUCCGUUGCAGAAAUAAACUGUAGAAAAAGGCACUUUUAAGCGAAUGUACAAUGAAUACAAACUGUUUCUCUCUUUUAAUAAGCUUGAAACAAUCUGCCAAUAGAACAAGUGAAAAUCUUCUAAAAUAAAGUCCCUAUAUCUCACUGAAA